AUGAUGUCUUGCAAAUUGCAAAUGAUUGGACUCUUCACGAUUAUUGCAAUUGUACACGCGGCUACAAUUUUAGUUACUGAUAUUGUUUAUGUUACAGUGCUGAGAUCAGCUAUCUAUAAUGAGUCAGGAGUGUUUUACACAGAGUAUCUUUUGGGUAACCCUGCAUCAACAUCUAUUUCAACAACCACUGAUGAAGUUUCUUCAACUUUGGCCAGUAUUGCGGAAGAGAUAAAAUCAACAUUAACUCCAUUACACCCACCCGAAUCUACAUCAGUGGCUGCUAAAGCUGUGACAACCAACACACGCACCCCUAUUACCACACCACCAGCUCCGUCCACCAUAAAAGCACCCUCCUCAAGCAUCACUACGUCAACAACAAAAGUUCAAUCUAGUGCUAAACCAACAAUUGUGGCGAGUUCACCAGUUCUGGCUUCAAAGUCUACCAACUCUGAUCCUUUUACAAAUGAAAUAUUGAGUGCUCAUAAUGUCAAACGUGCUGCUCAUGGUGUUGCACCUUUGUCAUGGAGUCAAGAACUCUACAGCUAUGCUCAAAAGGUAGCCAAUGCUUAUGAUUGCUCAGGAAAUUUGAAACACACCAGUUCACUUUAUGGAGAAAAUUUGGGUGUCGGCUAUAGCUCGGCCCAAUCAGUGGUUAAUGCAUGGUAUUCCGAGGGUAAAAAUUACAGUUACCAAACAGCUACCAAAUUUGAUCAUUUUACUCAAGUCAUAUGGAAAUCUACUACACAAUUGGGCUGUGCUUAUAAAGACUGUAGUGCUAAAGGAUGGGGUAUGUAUGUAAUUUGUAAUUACAAAGAAGUUGGAAAUGUGAAAGGACAAGGACGACAGAAUGUGCUCCCAUUGGUCUGA